CCCGAUGACCAGCGCGCGUACAGAAUAAGCUCUCUCACGCGUGCCCUGGCCGGGCACCGCGCCUGCCGGCCGAUUUCUCCAGCGAAGACACCUUGCCGACCCCGGAAUCCCCCAAAUCGCGCACCGGGCUGCAAAGGUUUUAGUCAAUCUCGCCGCCCAGCCCCACGCCGCGCCACCGGCCCCCGCACGCGGGGACGCGAUGCCGAAGAAGAUGGGCGUGAACUCCAAGGCGGAGGCGGUCCGCGAGCGCCGCUCCGCCGCGGAGGCCGACCGCCGCGACCGCCAGGAACGCUCCAAGGAGGAGCAGUACUGGCAGGAGGCCGAGGGCCCCAAGUCCCGCGCCGCCCGCCGCCGCGAGGAGGACGCCGAGAAGCGCGCCGAGGCAGCCGCCCGCAAGGCCGAGAACCGCCGCCUCGCCGAGGCUGAGGCUGCCGCCGCCGCCUCCGCCGCCUCGGCCCCGUCCAAGGCCGCCGUGCGCAAGGCCUCACGCGUCGCAGCCCCUGCGCCCAAGGUCACCGAAGCCGAGCUCGCGCGCCGCCGCGAGGAGGAGCGCCUCCGCCUCGAGCGCGAGGCCGAGGCCGCGAAGAAGCGCGCCGCGCGGACCGCCGAGGAGGAGGAGUACGAGCGCGUCGUCCUCGUCGCCAACACCAACAGAGACGACUCCAUCAUCGAGGCCAGAUCGGUGGACGAGGCCAUCGCGCGGAUGUCGAUCGUGGACUCGCAGGCGGCCCUGCCCGCUGACAAGCAUCCCGAGCGUCGCCUCAAGUCGUCCUUCAAGGCAUUUGAAGAGGCAGAACUCCCUAAGCUGAAGGAAGAAAAGCCAGGCCUAACACUGAAUCAGUACAAAGACAUGAUAUGGAAACUAUGGAAGAAGUCUCCAGACAACCCUCUUAACCAGGCUGUUGAGUGAUGUUGCAUUCCUACUGGACCGUUUGAGUAGUUUAAGGCCAAUCCCCAAACAGGACUGAACUGCGCCAAUAUAAUUUUCUUGGAGUGGAUGCGCAGCAGAGCUUGAACUAGACAGAUGUUUCAGUUUCUCGGCUAAUAAUUAUCAAAUUGCUGCUGUGUAUAUUGACUGGAGAUUUUGUUCAGUUUCCUUUUUGUGCUUAAUAUGGUUGGGGCAUGUUGGUACUCCCAAAUAUGUUUUGGGUGUGUUAGUACUUUGAAUUUUGAACAAAUUCAUAUCAUGGGCUAAACCAUGACAGCUAUGCCAUUGAGUAGUACAGGGUAAUCUC